CAGAACCGGAAACUUAAGAGACAAAGUUGGGAGCCCCGCCCCCGCCACUCCGCCGAGUCCGGACCCGCCGACCCGCGACCGACGAACGGGCUCCUCGCUUCGCGUGUGCCAUGUCUGGUUCCUCCAGCGUCGCCGCUAUGAAGAAAGUGGUUCAGCAGCUCCGGCUGGAGGCCGGCCUCAACCGCGUGAAGGUGUCCCAGGCAGCUGCAGACUUAAAACAGUUUUGUCUGCAGAAUGCUCAACAUGAUCCCCUGCUGACUGGAGUAUCUUCAAGUACAAAUCCCUUCAGACCCCAGAAAGUCUGCUCCUUUCUGUAGUCAAACAAACCUAUCAGAGGGUUCCUGAACCACUUCUCAUUAACCGGUGAAUAUUCAUUCAAGAGAGCUAAAUUUGAAGCGUGUACAAAAAGCUUCCCAUAACACAUGUGCCAUAAUAUACAAACUUCUACAUUUGUCAGUCCUUAACAUCUACCUCUCUCUUUUCAUGAGUUUCUACACUUGAUCUUAGCCAAAAGGCCGAGAAGCGAUGUUUUCAUGAAUUUCUAUUUCACAACGGUAAUUAUUUUAUAUACACUGGCAGCAGCAAAUAAAAUACUUAGUAUACAAGUCUUGUCUUUUAUUAAUCUAUCUUGUAUACUUUGGGUUUUUUUUUUUUUUUACUAUUUGCUCCACCAGCACUUUUAGUUUCAUUAGAAAAAACUAAAAAUUUGAAAAUUCCCCAAUAAAGUACUAUGUACCAUGUCAUGAGGUAAGAAGAAAAAAUUAGCUUCAGUAGUUUCAAGUUUUAUCUCAAGUCUGGAUAAGUCAUUUUGCUUUAAAUAUUUCACCUUUUUAAAAGGCUUAAGGAAUGUUAAAAUAUCCUAGAAACCUGGUCUCCAAUUUGAAACUAUGCAGCAAACACUGGUAUCCAUCAACCAUUUCAUUUCUAGCCCAAGUGCGUUAUGAAAAUGCAGACAGAGGUUAAAUUUUGCCCCAUUUCCAGUUUUUAAUUUAAAAGGUGACAUCACAGUUAUACGCAAGGCAUGUUUUGGAGAGGAGGAAAUGUUCCCGCCUUCAUUUUGUGUCCACAGUAAGAGGGGUACUCUGGCAUUGCCAGUUUUCGAAUGAUCUGGGGAAGGGAAGUGGUUUCCUGAUACAGCCUCAGAUCCCCUGUGGUGGGAAGUAUCCUGGGGGAAGGGACAGUGAUUGGUAGACAGGUGGGAUUUACAAAGUGCAGAGGGGGAUGUGGCUUUCCAAAUUGUGACCAGAAGUCAACUACUUGUCCCGACUGAUUCUGACUCUU